AAAUCAGCUGACAAAAAUCAAAAACCUGAAUUGCCAUCGCUAAGCGCUAGCUUCAAUUCCAAAAGUCAAAACAAAACCGCUUAAAAUUGAAUUGUUAUUUAGAAUUAUAUUUUUAACCCAGUAAAUAAGUUAUUUUAUCUAAUAAUGGACGACCUAGAUUCGUUCUUCAAGCCAAUAGUUCUAGUGACUGGUUUUGGGCCGUUCUUGAACCAUCCUGUGAAUGCAAGCUGGGAAGCUGUGAGGGCGAUGAACAAAGAGGAGAUAGAGAAUAAGUGUAAUGUAGAACUGGUGCAGUUGGAGAUCCCCGUCACGUAUGAAAAUGUGGACGAAUUCGUUCCAGCACUUUGGGAAACACAUACUCCCAAGCUAAUGAUCCAUGUUGGUGUAUCUAGUGUAGCAAAUUGUAUUACCUUGGAGACUCAAGCCCAUAGGAAAGGAUACCAAAGACUGGACUACUUCAACAAAUGCCCAGCCAACUUUGCGUGCUCCGCAGAAGGAGCUAUAAGAAUUCACACUAAACUAGAUGCAGAGAGAAUAUGCAAGGACUACAAUGACAACCCGCUGAUGGAGACCAGUGCUAUCACUUCAAAAGAUGCUGGAAGGUACCUCUGCGAGUACAUAUACUACACAUCCCUUAGUGUGAACAACAAGAGAACACUUUUUGUUCAUGUACCAGAUAUGAAUAUUUAUUCCACGGACCAAACUGCGAGAGCCCUCGAGAGGAUAUUAGAGUUAUGUUUAGAACAAAUUGCCACUGACGAUGCUGCCAAAGAAGUUACGGAAAAGCCGAAAAAUAAAUGUUUAUUAGAAUAAGCAGGUUUGAAUCCUUGUAGCAAGGUUUCCUAUUAGCGCCACUUAUAUUCUACACUUAUAAUUAGGUUUUAGUUUUGAAUACUUGUUAAAUAAAAAUACAGACUAAUAAUGAGUUGGCACUAAAAUUUCAAUUGAGGUGUGGUGUUGGGAAUUGAGGACAAAAACUGCUUUCCGCUGAAGUGAAACCGCCCAAUUUUCCUAUUUUAGUGGCAUUA